UGUAUUUAAGGGGCAAUAACUCAUUUUACCCGCACUUUUCGAUGGGCAGCGAAUUCUUCACAAAGUAUUUACAAGUUGGUGCAAGAUUGGUCUGUCAAAUAGAAAUUCAUUCUUUGGAUGAAAAAAAGUCCAACAAAAGAUGGCUUCAGCGACAUCAACUAAAGGAAAUAGAAAAGUUACUGAAAGGUCCAGUAAGAGCAAAGAUAGAAGAAAGAGACAAAAAUGACAAAUCACAGAAUAUUUUAACAGGAAGUACAGUGAGGCUUGGUUAUGUGUUUAAAAAGAAAUCCCUCCAUCAUACUUUGUUACUUGGUGAAGAAGAAUCAGGAGAGGAGGAUUUUUACAGUACUGCUUACACUGUGUUCAGAGAGAAAGUGGUCGUGUUUGUCACCUCAUUAGAAUCUCAAGAUACUAAAAGUGUAACAAAGCUAGCAAAAGUCCUCCAUGACUGUAGCCAAUCACAAACUAGUUCAGUCAGCAUAAGUAAUUACUUUACUAAACAAUCAUCUACAAGUCAAAAUGGUAGUCUUGGUAAUACCAAACAGAAUGGUAACCAUGGUAACACAGAAAAUGGUGUAUCUUCCAAUGAGGGAAAACGAAAAGCUAUUAAAAACCUUGUCGGAAGAACCAACAAAGCUAUUUCUAAGGUCAAGAAAGAAAAGAGAAUAGCAAAAAUCUUAAAGAACUUUAAGGAAAUAGAAGGAGAAGAACCAGACUGUGCUUCCAAUACUGUCUCUUCCUCCACUGAAUCUCAUCAGACAAAAAAUCUAGUACAAGACAGCAAACCAUCUAUUACUGGACUGUGCAGCAUAGAACAGGAAACUGUAUCAACAAACUGUUCAUCUUCUGUUACCUCAGUAAGCUCACAACAGGAAACCAGUAACUCAUCUUCAGAGUCUGGUCAAAAUGACAUGUGUAUCAAUUACCGAGGAACAAAAUAUGGAUCAAAUUAUCCUCCAUACAUAGAUUCCUGUCAGUCUGAAAUAGAUUAUAUUGAUAUAGAAAUAGACUGCCAUGCCAUUAUAGUUCCAAAAUUUAGUCCAAUGUCUCCUUCUAAAACUCAAAAUGGCUGUGAUUCUGGGUCAGAUUCAACUUGUAUUGAAACAAACUAUAUAAGCACAACUAAAUCUAGAUCUAGUCUGCAGUCAAACUUCAAUAUACUCAAAGAUGUAACUACAACCUCGGAGACUGUUGACCAUAGAUUUCCAGAUGACAUGCCUGACAUUGAUAAGGCUAUUACCUCGGAAACUGUUGAAGAUGGAUUUCCUGACGACAUGCCUGACAUUGUGUCUGAUUGUUCAUUAGAUCUCACAGAACCUCCAGAAGAUAUGCCAGAUAUAAUUAACGAACAUACUUCAUUUGAAUUUUGCUCGGAAGACGAUAAUCUUGGUGCCAAUUAUGAUACUGCUGAAAAUGAUGAGGUAGAUGUGAUCUCAGAUUGCUUAGAUAUGGCUGAAAAUCUUCUUCAAGUUCCCAUGGUAACUGAUAACAAAAUGGAGGAGGAUGUAAUCUAUACAAAUGCUGACAUUUAUGACAAUGAAGGUGAUUGUCAGAUAACAGAUCUAUGUAAUUCUGAUACAGAUGAAAGACUGGAGGAAAAUGACAUUCAAACUGGGGGUAAUGUUGUAAAUGAUCUGAUGUUUGAUUAUAAGAAUAGCCAGCAGAUGACAAAUGUUGAGAUUUGCCACCAAGGAACAGACCUUAUGGAGAAAGAGAUUAGCCAGCAAACAACCAAUACUAUGGAAACAAAUGUUUUGAGUGAUAGUGAUUCAAGUGAUUCUGAAUUGCCUGAUUGUGACUUCAUAGCAUAUAAAUCCAGAAGACGAACUUCAAUUUUUCAAAGGGCAAUUGAUAUUUGUCAAGUCAUUAAAACUAACAAGGAGAAUCGGCAUGUGACAAGUUCAGCUGACAAUGAAGUAACAAAAAAUGAAAAAAACAAGAGAAAAAGAAGUAAGCGUGUUCUUCCAAGUUUUUCACCUUCAACCUCAGAGGAUGAGUUGAAUCCACCAAAAGUUGCCAAGACUGAUGGUGAUGUGAACGGCUUUAAUUUUGAUGACAAUAUGAACGAAGUGAGCGAUGAAGAAGUGGAAUGUUUUAUUUUAUCAGUGGAUGAAUCUGGAAAUGACAUGGACAACAAAAUUAGGAAUUCUGGAACUGUUUGUAAUUUAACAGAAGACCAAUUAAAAUAUUUGGUACUAAAGAAUAAGAUGUAUCUAAAGUCCAUCUUUCAAGGAAAUACUGAGUCGUGGCGCCAUCUUGAUUAUAAGAAAGGAGGAAGAUCAAGAAAGUUGCUAAACCAUCAAGUACACCUGGGAUUGUUUACAGAAGAACAACAAGAUAUCGUCAUGGAAACAUUAAUGUCCAUUUUCUGUAAGAAACAUCAUAAGUUUAUGGAAUAUGUGAUGAAAGUUUUGCUACCUGAAAUGUUAAUAAAGAUCCACAUGGCCGUUAACAGUGUCAGCCAUAGAGAAUCAGAGGUCAUGAUGAUGGAAGCUUUGUCCAAGCCAGGAGGUGUCUACAUUUGAAUAGAUCUGUAUUGAGGAGAAAAGCUUACAUAUAUAUCUAUAUUCCUUCCAUUAUUUUACAAAGGUUGUAAGACAUGUGAAAAUUGAGGUUUUUUUCUCAGGAAUUUUGAUGCUAAUACUCAUAAACUUAUAGGCAAAUACAAGUUCUUUGUGCAAUUGAAGCAACACAAAUGUAAACCUAUACAUGUGAAGUUCAUAUCAGUAUUUAGAUCUGACAAUCAAACUUUAUAUGAGUUAUGAUCUCAAUCCAUUCUGCAUUUUGACCAGUUAAAACUCUUUAUUAGAUGUGUUAAACAUUUUGUAAAAGAGAAAACAAUAUUUACCUCAAGAGAAGACUAGGGUAAAGAAAUACUGUCACUCCUAGCUAAAUUGGGCAUUCAAUUUGACUCUGUGGUUGUUUAAAAGCAUUAUAUUCACUUGUUGACUGAGUGUUAGAAAGCUCUCAUUGUAUUGACACAGUUUUAAGUUAUAUUUUACAACUAAGACUUUUUACUGUGGAUUCAUUAUAUUUCUUUGGGUGUUAUAUUUCAUGGAUUUAUUAGUAUACAGGGUAGGUGACUGUUGAAUUAAUCAAGAUAACAAAAUAUACUUUUUCUGUAUAAAUAGAGACCGAUCUAGCUGAAAACAUAAACCUGAAUGUUCACAAUAUGGUUCUAAAACUCAUGAACCACAGUAGAUUGUAACAGAUUCUUAUUGAACCAAGAAACUUAUCUUUUAAUUGAUCUUUAUAAAGCUUCCCUGUCAAAUUAGAUACAAUUGAACCCUUAAUAGUAAAUGAGUACCCUUUUAUGUCAAAUAGACUUCAAGAAUUACAGUUAAUUUUACAUAAAUGUAUAGAUUUUUAACUAAGAAAGAAAACAAAUAUCUUAAUGCAUAUUCUGACUUAAGACCAUGUGAGUUAACUUUGUAAAAAGAAACUUUAUACAUUUUUGUUAUUUUGUUUGUUUAAAGGAAGCAAAUUGUUUCCUUUUUGUUAUGUAUUCUCAUUUUGGUUUAGAUUUGAAUAAUCUUUUCUAGUCAUAGGUAUAUC